AUGAAUCCUCGCAGGUCCAGUACAGCUAGUCUAAAGGACGAUGAAGAGGGAAGAAAUGGAGAAGAGUGUCCUGCCAUUGUACCGGCAGACAUAGAUCACCGGAUCAGACGCAAACUCGACCGUCGGGUUUUGCCCAUAGUCUGCUGUCUAUAUGUCUUGUCUUAUCUCGACCGUGGUAACAUUGGCAAUGCAAAGACUGCUGGUGCUCAGGAUUCUCUUGGUCUCAGCUCAUCACAAUGGGCUUGGGUUUUGAACUCCUUCUACAUCGCGUAUAUUCUGUUUGAAUGGACGACCAUGUUUUGGAAGAUCUUUCCCGCCCAUAUUUACGUAUCAUGUCUCUGUAUUUGCUGGGGAACGGCUGCUAUGUGUUCAGGCGCAGCGCAUAACAUGGCUGAAUUAGUCGUUACACGCGUCUUUCUAGGUGUAUUUGAGGCCACGUUUGGCGCUGGAGCUCCGUACUUCUUGUCCUGCAUCUACAAACGUAGCGAGCUAGGACUCCGAAUGUCUAUCCUCUUGGGCAUGUCGCCAUUGGCAAACACAUUCGCUUCAAGUUUGGCAUAUGGUAUAACUCAUAUCACUGGGUCUUUGGAGGCCUGGCGAUGGUUGUUUAUUAUAGAGGGUGCGCCGACAAUACUUUUUGCCCCAGUGGUCUACUUUUUUCUCAUCGACUCGCCAUCGACUGCCAAGUUCUUCAAUGAAGACGAAAGAAAACUCGCCGUCCAACGUUUACAACUCCAAGACAAUACUUCCAAGGAAGCUGUCAGCUGGAAGCAGAUCAUGGCAGGAAUGGUGGACUACAAGAAUUACAUCCACGCCAUUAUGCAUUUCUGUUGCAACUUCUCAUUUGCCGCUUUAUCCAAUUUCCUGCCCACGAUUGUGAACCACAUGGGCUACGAUUCGGUCACUGCGCAAGGCCUCACCGCUCCAGCCUACUUCGCCGCGUUUCUUUGUUGUAUCGGAGCUGCUUUCUUCUCGGACAAGUACGGAUGUCGUGGGUAUAUCGUAGCAUCCUUUGCUGCUAUGGGAACUGUUGGCUAUGGUAUUCUUGCUGGCGUCCAGGACAUGGACAAGACCGGCCCCAGAUACGCCGGUGUUUGGCUUGCGGCUUGUGGAAUCUUUCCUGCUCUCGCCAUGAACAUCACUUGGCUUUUGAACAAUCAGGGCGGAGACUCAAAAAAAGGAGCCGGUCUUGCCAUUUCACUCACUAUAGGGCAAUGUUCAUCUCUUAUUAGUAGCACUGUGUUCCCGAAAGAAGACGCGCCUUUCUUUACUACAGGUUGCGCAAUAGGUUGUGGUAUGAGUGGGCUUGUAGUUGUCUUGGCUCUAUUUAUGCAUUUUGCAUUGAGUAGGGAGAACAGGCGCAGGGAUAGUCUGUACGGGCCAGUGGAUGCUAACGCGGAGAUUGAUGUCUCUGAGCAGGGCGACAAAAAUCAGAAGUUCCGAUACAUGACUUAG